AUGACAAAUGGAAGACAAGAUGAUAAAUGGAAGACCUCCGCCGCCUGGAGGGGUUCGCAGACUGCUGAAGUCAACGGCACGAAAUCGCUCUGCUCAUUCUCACUACUCCAGUUUGGCAUCAUGCGCGAAGUCACGGUGGGCAUAGUCUCCAUUGGAGAUAUGGGGUUGGGCAUAGCCAAGCUGCUCAAGACCCACGGUUAUCGCGUGGUUACGGUGGGGGAAGGUAGGAGUGAACAUACUCUGGCACGGAUCGAAGCUGCCAAUAUCACCGCAUUGCCGACCGACGAUGAACUCGCGGUCCAGGCCGACUAUAUCCUCUCCAUUGUGCCACCAGUCAAUGCACUCGCGACGGCGGAACGCAUCGCCAAGGCUUGUAUGCGGUCGGAGACGGCUUCUAGGCGUGCUACACUAGAGGACGUAAAUGGCCAGCCAACUCGAAGUCCACUCUACCUUUUUGAGCUCAACGCUACAUCUUCCCGAUUAGCGGAGGAAAUAGGAGCACUAUUCCUUGAUCCCAGCAUGCCCGGAGAAGACCCAUGCAAGUGCAGAGUUUUGGACGGUGGCAUUAUAGGUGGACCGCCGUCUCCGAAUCCCGACGGGACCUGGAGACGACCGAGCGUGUGGACCUCCCCCCCCACGUUUGCCGGCCUCGCCGACGUCUUGAACAUGAAGGUAGUCUCGGCCCGAAUUGGAGCAGCUUCGACGUUGAAGCUCUCUUUCGCGGCGUUGACGAAAGGACUGACGGCGCUUUCUAUAUUAUCCUUCUCCACGGCCCAGCAAGAGGAGCUCCUGCCGGAGCUACUAGACCACCUGCAACAAUACUCGCCGCAUAUCGCGGCUCUAACUAGUGCUGGCGUGAUCGGGAUGAGUCCCAAGGCUUACCGCUGGGUUGAUGAAAUGCGCUACAUAGGCGAGGCAUUUGAUCGCGAGGGUUGCUGGGGCGGAGUGGGAAGGAGUGUCUACGAUGGGUUCGCAGAGGUCUACCGCACCGUGGCCGAGGAUACCAUCUUGGGACAGGAACGGGUUGGAGCGCGCCAGCGUGGAACUAAUGUGGAAGGCGCGGUCACGAUCAUCGCCGAUCGUCGACGGAAGCAAUCCGGUGACAAUGGCCCAUAA